AAUAAGGAAUGUAGAUAGUGAAAAAAAUCACAUUUAAAUCCCCGAAUUUAUGUUCCUGAAGACAGACAUUAUUCAUGGAAUUUCCAUUCAAAUAACUUCUGUCGUUUUUGCUUCUUUUAAUUAUAGACCCUUACUUCCAUCUUUCACGCAGUUAACCCCUACAUUUCUCUGUUCCCCGUUUUAUAAAUGUAAACUCUGUUUUACAAUAAUAAAUUACAUCUGUCCAUCACAGUGUGCUUGGUCAAUCAAUGUCAACCCAGCUUCAGGCAACAAACUUUAAGCAAAUUUUUCCUAUUUACACAAAAAAUUCCCAUAUUCUCCACCCAUGGCAUGGAGCAAUUCCUAUGGGUCUCCAACAUUUCUAUAAAUAGAAAAUAUUAUAAGUUAUCUAAUAAAUAAGUGUAGCCGUGAGACCAGGUGAGUAACCGGGAACAGAAGGGUUAUCCCACCUCCCUCCCAUCCUGGCCGCACCUCAUCGUCCCCUCCGCCCCAACCCGGUUAUAUAAGAGAUGGUCCGAGCAUCACCUACGCUCUCAUCCUGAAGAAGUGAACCAAAGCGAAUCGGAGAAGCAUGAUGUGUUCAAUGCUGCAGAUCACCAUUUUGCUGUUUUUUGUUCAGGCGGGAGAAGGACGCUGGCUAAGAACCCUACUAGGACCGACUGCACCUCUCAACAAUGAAGAGAGAAAAGGAGAAGAACAUGAAGAAAAACCCGGCUCAGAAAAGCAUUUGGAAAGGGAGAUCCGAUCACCCCGCAGUGUCGACUCCCCAUGCGCUCUGCACUCCAUCCUGCUGCAGGUACGAGACCUCGGGCUCGGGUACGACUCGGACGAGGCCGUGCCGUUUAAGUACUGCAGCGGGUCUUGCCCUCGCAUCGCCACCAACCACGACCUGACGCUCACCAAUCUCCUCCAGAGUGGCGUUUUACAGUACAUCGGCCAAUGGCAUCACCAGUCCUGCUGUCGCCCCACACACCACGAAGACAUGGUCUUUCUCGACAACAGCCAUCGCUGGCACAAAGUGGAUAAACUGUCUGCCGCAGCGUGUGCAUGUAUGGGGUAGGGUCGAAGGUGGCCAUGUAAAGACUUUUAAAAGUUUGUUUAUCCUAUUAGUGCCUUUGAAUUUAAACAAAAGGCUGUACUGCAUUCAUUCAGGUAUAGAGAUCUCACGUAAGAAACAGGUUAUGAAUGUAAAAAUGUAUAUGUAUGGAAAAUGCAUAUAGAUAUGUAUAUAUUGCUUUCUUUAACAACGAGGCUUAAUUGGCUUAUUUUUUGCAAUGUCAAAACUUUCAGGAGACGUUUAGUUUUGGGAACACUAUGAGGUGUUUGAGGACCCAAUUCUGAGGUCUUUCAAUUUUCCAUCUGAACCAAAAUUUAAACAUAUUUAUGUGUUAUAAAUUAUUUAUUUAUUUGAAACCCACUUUUA